AUGGACUCAGGCGGAGGGAUCCACGGCGGCCGAGGAGGCGGCGCUGAGCCUACGAGGAAGAGGCAGCUACGGAGGCGGCGGCUGGGGCAGCAGCGCAUAAAGGGGCCGCCGCCGGGUGAUGCGGUGACCGCUGCGGCGGGCCCAGAAGCUGAGUGGGCCUCGGCCCUCAGCUCGUCGGAUCCGCGCUCCGGAGCUUACCCGUCUUCUCCGGUCGACUCGGUCUCAAGCCCCCUCGCCCCUUCCCCGCCCCUCUCCCGUCCCCGUUCCCUCCCCGGGGGGCGGUCGCCACCGUUUCCCACCAUGGCUCUGAAGAGAAUCCACAAGGAAUUGAAUGACUUGGCUCGAGAUCCUCCUGCACAGUGUUUAGCAGGUCCUGUUGGAGAUAAUAUGUUUCAUUGGCAGGCUACAAUAAUGGGGCCAAAUGACAGCCCCUAUCAGGGUGGAGUAUUUUUCUUGACA